AUGGGUUGGUCUUCUAGUUCUUUGUUUGGCUAUAGCUGUUGUUGGUUUAGCAGAAGCAGGUGUGCCUGCAAUCUUCAUACUAGGUCAAGGUCGGCCAGUGAGACGAUGGGGGAUAAGCUUCAUCGUCGAGAGGGAAACAGCCCGGAUCACCAGCUAAGGCCCCUAAAUGACCGCUCAGUGAUAAAGGAGGUAGGGGUGCAGAGACAGCCAGGAGGUUUGCCUAGAAGCAGCCACAACAACUUCUUGCCUGGUAGCAUGGCAAGGGCUGACUUUCCCCACAAUGGCGUUGACUUUCCUUUCUCAAGAGCCACUGGAAGGUUCAGCAAUGGCCUUAACAGUGCUGAUUUUCUCUCUAAGCAAUUCGGUCUUAAGAGAAGUCCACGGCCUUUUCUUUCUCUCAACACUACAUCUCUUCACAAGAAGAGCUUUAGAGGUGUGAACUUUGCUUCUGGAGGGUCUGGCCUUCUUGACAUAACUGGACGAACAAUGCUGACUUUGAUGAAGUUUGGAAAAGAGAGAAUUCCAUUUGGUGCCCCAUUCGUCAAUCGAAAAAAUGUUAUCUCAUUAUCAGAGCAGAUACAGCAACUUUCUCUUGUCAAGAGCAAUCUUGCUGCCAUCAAAGGGCAAAGGUUAACUGAGAAGUUGAUCUCAAAGUCUUUGUUCUUCAUCAGCACUGGUAGCAAUGACUUGUUUGGAUAUUACCAUUCAAACACUUCCUUCUCCAAGGAAGCUUUCCUAUCAUCUUUAGAACUCGCUUAUGAGAAGCACUUGAAGAGUUUGAUCGAUCUUGGAGCGAGAAAGUUUGGCAUUAUCAGUGUUGCCCCGAUUGGAUGCUGUCCAUCUCAGAGGAUUUACAAUACUACUGGGGGGUGUUUGGAGGAUUUGAACGAUCUCGCAAUCGCUUUUCAUGCAAGGUUGGAUGCCCUCUUGUUCAAGCUCAGCUCAGAACACAAGAGCAUCAAGUACUCACUUGGAAAUGCAUUUGAGAUGACAAUAAAUGUCAUUCAGUUCCCUCUUGCAUUCAAUUUUACUCAAGUGGAAGCUGCGUGUUGCGGAGCUGGGAAGCUCAAUGCUGAAUCCUUCUGUAGUCCAAAAGCCAAACUUUGCCCAAAUCGCAACAAUUACUUGUUCUGGGAUCUAUUUCAUCCAACACAGGCUGCUUCUAAGUUAGCAGCCGUAACCCUCUACAAUGGUGGACCACAAUUCGUAUACCCGAUUAAUUUUGCUCAGUUGGCCAAGGCUUAA